GCAGAACCUCAGCACUGUGUUGUCUGUUAGAGAAAUCAGACGGUGAGAUUUGGAUUGUAUCUGUAACAAGUCUAGGGCAGACUGCACCCUACACCCUCAGGGGAAAUGUACAUGCGAUCCGCUCAGCGUCAGGAGAACCACUCUGGCGUAAAUGGCUGGAAUCAUAAUCAUGUAGGACAGAACGGCAGGUCACAUUCGGACGACGACUCGGAAACCGAACGCGACGUGAACAGCACCUCCCUCGGAGAUGGACCAGGUGCAAAUGGCAGUUCAGAAUUCGACCGUCAUGGAAAUGAGUCCACUAUCACCGUCUCCGACCCCGUACCCAUCAUGCCAUACUGGUCCGCGAAGCGACAUAUCACGGCCGGUUUACCCACUCCUCCGCCACCAUGGGCACCCAAGAUGACCCCUUGGCGAUCAUCUCCCGGGAAACUCAAGACGUCAAACGCCGCUCUCGUAUUGUGUCUCAAUAUAGGUGUUGACCCUCCGGACAUAGUCAAGACGAGUCCAUGUGCUGUGCUCGAAUGCUGGGUCGACCCCUCCACCAUGUCAUCUCACAAAGCUCUCGAGGUCAUUGGCACGAAUCUCCAAAACCAGUUCGAAAGUUUGAGCCCCAAGAUUCCGUACAAACCCAUUCUCGACCCAUCUUACGAAGACCUUCGAAGGUUCUGCACGUCAUUGCGCAAGCAGGCGAAGGACGACGCCAUCCUUUUCUACUACAACGGUCAUGGGGUUCCGAAACCUACAGCAAGUGGUGAACUCUGGUGUUUUAAUCGAAACUACACGCAGUACAUUCCUGUUUCACUCGCUGAGGUCCAACUAUGGGUUGGAACACCAUGUGUCUACGUUUGGGAUUGUUCCGCCGCAGGAAACCUCCUUCUAAACUUCAAUCUUUUCGCGCAGAAACGCGACAAAGACAACGCAAACGCGCCAGAACACUCAGGACUCUUCACCGAUUCUAUCCAGCUCGCAGCGUGCGCAGCGAACGAACAGUUGCCGUCCUGUCCCGAACUCCCUGCCGACCUCUUCACUUCCUGUUUGACCUCCCCCAUCGAUAUUGCUCUUCGUUAUUUCGUCAUGCAUCACCAACUUCCGAACAACAUCACGGCAGAUAUGGCUAUGCAGCUACCGGGAGACCUCAAGGAUCGACGGACGCCUCUCGGAGAACUCAACUGGAUAUUCACCGCCAUCACGGACACGAUUGCUUGGACGUCCUUCUCGCGCGAGCUGUUCACACGACUAUAUCGUUCAGAUCUCCUCGUGGCGUCACUAUUCAGGAAUUUCCUGCUCGCAGAACGUAUCAUGAAGAACUACCACUGCACGCCACAUACCUCUCCCUCACUUCCCCCAACAAAUACGCAUCCUCUUUGGGCAUCCUGGGAUCUCGCUGUUGAUGCUUGUCUUCGACAGCUUCCGGAGCUGCUAAAGCACGUCGAUACGGUUCCGAACCCUGGCUCCGUCCCCGGUGCCACAUCUAUACGAGCACGUAGGCAGGCUCAAGCUCAAGCCUCGGUGCCUCGCGCAGGUGCGCCAGGAGAACGACCCUACAACUACGUUCCUAGUCGUUUCUUCGCCGAUCAAUUGACCGCCUUUGAGGUUUGGAUUUCUCGUGGCGGGUCUGCGCUCACGAAGCGAGGGCCACUGUCCCUGCCCGCGAGCUUCGGCGAAGGAGACGCCGAUAGCGAACCGGCCAACGGAGGUUUGGGUCUCGCACAGCCAAUUUACAAUCUGGACAAGAACGAGCAUCACCUAGUCCCGAGAAAACCCCCAGACCAGCUUCCCAUCGUCCUUCAGGUCCUGCUGUCGCAGCCUCAUCGCCUGCGAGCACUUAUUCUUCUGUCACAGUUCGUUGACUUAGGACCAUGGGCGGUACAUCUCGCCCUGGCUAUCGGCAUAUUCCCCUAUAUAUCCAAGCUGCUACAGGCCGCGGGUCAGGAUCUACGCCCGGUCCUCAUCUUCAUUUGGGCACGCAUCCUCGCCGUCGACCCGACAUGCCAACUUGAUCUGUAUAACAACCAAGGUUACAAGUAUUUCGCGAGCGUCCUCUGCAUGCAAGACGACCAACAACACGUCUCUAUCCCCAAUAUCUCCGAACACAAAGCCAUGUGUGCCUUCGUUCUUUCCGCUAUCGCCCGCGACUUUGCACAAGGCCAGAACGCCUGCUGGCGGGAGAAGGUUUUCCACGCAUGUUUCGAGCGUCUUGACGAGGGUGACUUCCUCCUGCGCCAGUGGUCUGCCUUGUGUAUCGCGCAGAUGUGGGCAGGGAAUGACGAUAUCAAGGUCUUCGGAGUCGACCAUGGAACACAAGAUAAAUUCAUCGCGCUGCUCUCGGAUGAUUCACCCGAAGUGAGGACAGCGGCGUUAUUUGCGCUGGGAACCUUCAUGGGCGCGAACGGGUCGACUGAUCAUAGCAAGUCGGGCGGCGGAGGGACAGGGACGAUGCUGCAUCUUGACGAAAGAGUGCAUUGUAGGAUGGAGGUCGCUGUCGUCACCGGUGCUACCCUCGCAAUCAAGGAAGACGCAAGUCCGAUGGCGAGGAAGGAGCUCUUGGUGAUUAUCAGUUGCUUGGUUAAGGAGUGGAGAGGCUAUUUCGUCGUUUGUGCGUGGUUGUACUGGGAGGAGGACAAGAGAUGGAGGUCGGGCAGUUUGGGUGGGAACUCCCUUUACGAGGAGGACACAACAGGUUUAGCAGUGGAAGAAUGGUUGGAAGGCUUUGGAGAUGACGAGGACCUCAAGGCCGAGAACAGAAUCUUGCUGUCUUCGUUCUUCAUGAUCCUGUCGACAUUGCUCGAGCUUUACGUGGAUCCAUACCAAGAGGUAGCGACCCAUGCGAAGACCAUCGUGGAUUAUGUCAUGGCCCUCCUGCUUGAAUCACCUUUCUCCAAGCUGGAGAACUCAUCUCUCAACAUUCCACCCAAAUUUGAGGGAGGAUCAUUCAGCGGACGCUCCAGACGUUCUUCACUCCAAUCCUCACCUGCACUCACACGCCCUCCAUCACCCACCCAACCGCGUCCCAAUAUCAGCCGCGCAGAUACAAUGACAAGCACUAUCUCUUCUGGAGUUUCCAACACCAUCAGACGCACCUCUUCAUUCGCCAACGCACUCAAAAGCCUUGGAGGCAUGGCCUUCCCUUCGCUGGACGAGAGUCGACCAUCGUCACCAUACCCCCAACCGGCAUCCUCCUCUCACCAACCUACAAACUCUCCCGCACUCUCCGACAAGACCCAACCUUCAAGACCACCUUCUCCUAAUUUGAAUCUUGCACAAUACGUCUCUCCAUACCUGCCUCCCUCCGACACUGGCUCGAUAUCGUCAAGAGAGUCGAAAGAAAAAGGCGAUGCUUCCUCUUCACGCUAUGCGUACGCUCGCAGUGCACCGGCUUCACCAACCAUGUCCGCCCAUUCCACCCUUAUGGAAUCUCUGCCAGCACCCAACUUCUCACCGUCCAAUGUCAUGGAAGCUCUUAUCGAGGAGGAUAUGGAGCGGCUCCGAGCACGGAGACGGGCGGGUCAGAAUCCUCGACGACAAGGCGGUGGGGUGAGCAUGACUAUGAGUUUGGGGCCGAGUGGUGCACUGCCGAGCCCUUCAGAGAGUUCGUUCUCGGAUAGUUCUAAUGGAAGUAGCGUGAUGUUGGGUUUGGGGACGGGUUCUGGUGUGCGGGAUGUAUUACCCCUGAAGAGCCAUUUCUUCGAUUGGUGUUGUGAGUACUUCAAGGAACCACAGAUGAGGCAAGCGGAAGCAGACGAACCAGGGAGCGUGGAAUACAACUACCAGUCCUGGAGGCAGCAGCGGAACGAGCACGUCAUUGCUGAAACCCAGGCUCAGGCGGAAAUUGCUCACGAGCGGAGAUGGGACAGGCCGGUUACGAGUUUCCAUGUCCCAGGUACACCACUGCUCAUGGCCUUCCAUUCGUUCGACCCCCAUAUUGUGGUGGCAAACGAGACUGAUACUGUGACGGUUUGGGACUGGUCGCGUCGACAGCGUCUAACCUCAUUUAUCAACGGCAAUCCUAAAGCAGCAUCGAUCACCUCGUUGAACAUCAUCAACCAGGAUGUUGGCGGAAUCAUCUUGGUCACUUCCGCGGAUGGUAUGGUUCGCCUAUACCGAAACUACGACCCGGCGACAAGCAAUACACCAGUACAGCUCGUCAGUUCGUUCCGAGGCCUAGGUCACCUAAUCUCAACACCGCGAGGAAGUGGGGUGGUCGCCGAAUGGAAACAAGCGGGCGGGCAACUACAUCUUGGUGGCGAUUCACGGACAAUCAGGAUCUGGGACGCACACACCGAGUCGCAGCUCAUGGAUCUUCAAACGGACUCAGACAGCCCUGUCACUGCUAUGGCGACGGAAUUGAACUCGCUCUCUCUGCUUGCAUCUGGUUUCGGUGAUGGUAUGGUCAAAAUCUUCGAUAAACGGUUAGAGGAAGACGAGGCCGUGGUUCAUCUUUGCGGUGGACAUGCCUCGUGGGUGCAGAAUGUCUGUUGGAGUCCGACACAUGGGAAGCAGUUCCUUUCAGCUAGCUUGGAUGGAGAGAUCAGGCUCUGGGAUAUUCGCAACUCAACAAGGGUCGUAGAGAGCUGGCAGCCGUUCUCAACUGGCCUGUCAGCAUUCUCUGUCCACCCAGGGACGGGUGUGUUUGCAACGUCUUCCGCGAUAUCCUCGACAAAUUGGAGACACAUUCGCACAACUGUCCACCCUAUCACGCGGGAUUCAGCCUCCCUCUCAACGGUCAACGUUCCUACUGGGUUGACCGCCAUGCCUACGCGCGGAUACCCCUCGCGGUUCAUACCUCGGUCGAACUCCCUUGCCUUCCAUCCCAUGGAGAUGCUUUACGGUGUCGGGAGCUCUGACGGGACUGUCCGGAUUCUAGGCUGCAAGCUCGUUUGAUCCCUUUCUUCCUUCUAUUAUCCGUGCAUUUAUGUUCAACUAUCUCGUUUAUUCAUCGAACCUCCUCCACGGAUCUGGACCUUGAAUCCGUCAAAAUUGAACUGUAUGCCUCCGAUUGUUUCAUUUUAACCACACUUUUCUCUCCUUCCACACUGUGCUAUUACUUCGGUCCAAGAUGUUACUUUGUAUUACACUGUUCGCACUCUCUGUUGGCAUAAUCUAGUUAUG